AUGCAAUCAAAUAUCUUUAGUAGGUUUUCAAUGGCUGUAAAGCCAAAUAUGCUGCAAAAGUCCAAACAUAUCGAGUGUGGAUUUAUAUACUCUGUAGUUAACCGUCGUUAUGCAAGUGGUGACUCGGUAGAUUUAGUUGUUAUUGGUUCUGGACCUGGUGGUUAUGUAGCUGCCAUUAAAGCUGCACAGUUGGGAUUGAAUACUGUUUGUGUUGAAAAAAAUCCUACACUUGGUGGUACUUGUCUGAAUGUUGGUUGCAUUCCUUCUAAAGCACUACUGAAUAACUCACAUUAUUAUCAUAUGGCACAUUCUGGUGAUCUAAAUUCUCGUGGAGUUGAAGUUGAGAAUGUCAAGCUUAAUCUAGAAGCAUUAAUGCAAACAAAAACAAAUGCUGUGACUGCACUGACUGGUGGAAUCGCUCAUUUGUUUAAAUCAAAUAAAAUAACAUUAGCCAAAGGUCAUGGUAAAAUUAAGGACCCAAACACAGUAUCAGUACUGAAAGAAGAUGGAUCUUCAGAAGAUAUUAAAACUAAAAAUAUACUUAUUGCUACUGGAUCUGAAGUUACUCCUUUUGCCGGAAUCGAUAUUGAUGAAGAAACUGUUGUUUCUUCAACAGGUGCAUUAAAACUAUCGAAAGUUCCUGAAAAGAUGAUUGUUAUUGGUGCCGGUGUUAUAGGUCUUGAGCUAGGAUCUGUUUGGAGUCGUUUAGGAGCAAAAGUAACUGCUGUUGAAUUUAUGCCUACAAUCGGUGGUGUUGGCAUUGAUGGCGAAGUGUCCAAACAGUUUCAAAAAAUAUUGACUAAACAAGGAUUAGGUUUUAAAUUGGGAACUAAAGUUAUCAGUGCAAGUAAAUCUGGAGGACAAAUAUUAGUUGAAGUUGAGAAUGCCAAAGAUUCUUCAAAAAAAGAGACGUUGGACUGUGAUGUUUUACUUGUGAGUGUUGGUCGUCGGCCUUAUACACAGAAUUUAGGUUUAGAAGAGAAUAGCAUUGAGAAGGACGCUAAAGGAAGAAUACCUGUAAAUUCUAGAUUCCAAACUGUUAUACCUAAUAUAUUUGCUAUUGGAGAUUGUAUCCAUGGACCAAUGUUAGCUCACAAAGCUGAAGACGAAGGUAUAGUUUGUGUUGAAGGUAUAACAGGUGCACCAGUACAUAUUGAUUACAAUUGUGUACCUUCAGUUAUAUAUACUCACCCAGAAGUAGCAUGGGUUGGAAAAAGUGAAGAAGACUUGAAAAAUGAAGGUGUUGAUUACAAAGUAGGAAAAUUCCCAUUUGCGGCCAACAGUAGAGCUAAAACUAACAAUGAAACUGAUGGUUUCAUUAAAGUUCUUGGUGAUAAAGUUACUGAUAAAUUAUUGGGAUGCCACUUAAUUGGACCUGGUGUUGGAGAGAUAGUUAAUGAAGCUGUUUUAGCAAUGGAAUAUGGAGCAUCCUGUGAAGAUAUUGCUAGAGUCUGCCAUGCACAUCCAACGUGUUCGGAAGCAUUAAGAGAAGCAAAUUUAGCUGCAUACUUUGGUAAAGCUAUUAAUUUUGGUUGA